UACCGGUACGAGAACGACCUGGAUGCAAGGUUCUCCUCCCGACUUGGACAUUUUAAUUCCAAAACAGAGCGAGUGCAAACUCUUGAUUCUUGAACGCGACUUUCAAAAGAGGUAAUCAAGGCAAAGGAGAGAAACUUGGACCAUGACUUCGAUAGUAGAACUGUUUCCAAAAUGCCGCAAACUCGCGUACGACUCUCGCCAACAACUGGCGCAGGUACAAAACGGAACACUGCACGCAUCUGAGCUAUUCAUCUCUCUGGAUGAACUGUCACGGCAGCUCGAACUGAUGAACAAGCUCGUGAUGCGCGAACGACCGGCUCAGAGAGAAGUCUGGAAACGAAAAAUACAKGAACUGAGGGUCGAAGCCGACGGUGUGCGGAGAGCCGGGGAGCAUUACGAUCGCCUCGUGAACACAAACGUACGCCAACAAAAAGAACGAGACGAAUUGCUGACGAGACGACGGCAACGAAAAGAGAAUUUUUCUUCCGUCAGUGAGCGAGACAUGAACAAUCUAGCAGACGAAUCGAAAUCGUGGAGCCAAAGCCAAUACAUGGUAAACGAUCUGAUCGCGAACGGCGAGGCGAGUCUCAGCGCCCUCGUGGAGCAACGCCAGCGSAUGACKGGUGUCUCCAGGUUUCUCGGACAAAUCGACGAUCGGUUGGGGAUAUCGAACUCGACGAUGAAGAUCAUUGAACGACGGGAUAUCACGGAUGCCUACUUUGUGCUUGGAGGGUGUGUUAUUACGUGUAUAGUGAUAUACUUCACUUGGCUAUAACGAUACUAUUAAACAAAACCAAAACUUUAUU